GAAUUGAGCGUUCGAUUCCCGCAACUUUCUUCAUCUUCUUCUUCACACUCUCUCACUCUAAUUCCAUUUCCACUCUCAAGUCGGUUAGGAAACCCUAGCCAUUUUCACACAUAAUAAGUUUGAGAGAGAGAUAGAGAGAGCAAGACAAAAAUGGGGAACUUGAUGAACAAGGAGCCUCCACCGCCAAUGGUGCUCGUCCCACCUCUUUUCGAUUUCCCUCCCCUCUCUGCCCGUACCAGGAUGUUGGAGUCGUCAUAUAACUUGUUAUUUGGGAAGCUUGCUUUGAAAUGCCUUUUUGAGGACUAUUUUGAAGAAGCAAAGCAUUUUAGCACAAGAAUUAUGCUUAAGCCAAUUGAUGACCCUCAUGUGGAUUUGGUUGCUACAGUUUCAGGUCCGCUUGAUCAUAAGCCCGAGGAGAACAUUGUAGGAAACGCUCUGUUUCGCUGGCAAAGUGAUAUUGAUGAUCCUCAUACGUUCGUGGACCUUUUCGUAUCGAACUCUGACCCGAUUUUACAGAUGAGGUCAAGUGCGUACUACCCUAAAUAUGGAUUUGGAGCAUUUGGCAUUUUUCCAUUGCUACUGAAGAAAAGAGUGUCUUCUGAAGAUUAUGGUGUUAUGGGAUUGAGAUACGGGUCGGGAAAUUUAUCAUUUGGAGCCACACUUAUGCCUUUUUCCCUGAAAGAUGAAUUCCCAAGAAGUGCAUGGUUCAUAAGCAAGAUGGGAAAACUAACUGCUGGGGUGCAAUUUGAGCCACAGUAUGGAAACAAAGACGGUGCAAAAUAUAAAAAUUUAAUGAAUUGGAGUUGUGCAAUUGGCUAUGGAGUAGGAUCAGGCAGCCCCUUGAGCCCAUCUUUCAAUUUUGGUCUUGAACUUGCCAAAAGCUCUCAGUUCAUUGCCUCAUUCUAUCAACACGUGGUUGUCCAAAGACGGGUCAAGAACCCCCUUGAAGAACAUGAAGUUGUUGGAAUUACAAAUUAUAUUGACUUUGGCUUUGAGUUACAGACAAGGGUUGAUGAUGCCAAUACAUCAAACAAUAUCCCCGGGUCCACUUUUCAAGUAGCUGCAUCCUGGCAAGCCAAUAAAAACUUCUUGCUAAAGGGAAAGAUGGGACCACUAAGCUCGUCAAUAUCAUUGGCAUUCAAGUCAUGGUGGAAACCUUCUUUCACUUUCAACAUUUCAGCUACUAGAGAUCGUAUUUUUGGAAAGACAGGCUAUGGAUUUGGCAUUCACGUUGAGAAUCUUAGAGAAGCCAGUUAUCAAAGAGCUGAUCCAAAUUUUGUAAUGCUUACACCCAACAAGGAGCACCUAGCAGAGGGUAUUGUUUGGAAAAUUGGGAAGCGACCUGUGCUACAAUCAGACGUCAGUGCUGGAAAUUUUGACGACUUACCAAGAGAAUUGAGACCUUUUGAGAAAAUUUUGUGAUUUCUCCUGUUGGUCCCUUUCCCCCUAAUUCUAGGUCGUCGGGAAUUUUAGGAGUGGAUCACUGAAGAGGUAAUCAUUCUAGGUUGAUGAGUUUGAAUAUAUGUUUUUUUUUUGUCUUGGAUUCAUCAGUCUUGUGAAAAAUGCUAACCUUUGGUUGAGGGACCACUACGAUACUGGGUUGAACAAAUUUUACUUUUGGUUGAUCUCUUCUUGAUUGUAUAUACUCUUUUUGUAAUGGUUAGUGUGUGAAUAUGUGAUAUGAUGGUGAACUGAAUUGUGGUAAGCAUAAGAUUAUAUGAAUAUAUGGUUCUCCA